AUGGCUGAUCAACAACCGGGCCCCCAACCACCUCCCCCCGCGGCUGGCGCCACAUCGUUUCGGAAUCCCGAUCUGCACCCUCUCGUAAAGAUCGAAGGCGGCAAACCGGUUCGGUUCUAUCAUCGCUAUUCGCCUAUAUUACCAACCGAGACGGACUGCGUGCGCCAUGUCUAUCUACUCCACCAACAGCCCGCCGACUCCGAAACUGAUAUAAACGCCAAUUCGCUCGGCGAGCGUACUCCAGCGCCGGAGCCUGAGAUCUUACCACCUGAUAGGCAGACACCGGAGGACGUAUACAUCUCCAAGGAUGAAGCUAUUCUCGAUUUGUUGGCUCCUGUGCACGUCCUAGAGUUCAGGACAAAUGAAGGGAUGCAGCACGCGACACUUACCGAUGGCAUCAACCGGCUCCCAUCCGAGAUGGUACCCACAAAGCAGCUGGUAGACGACAUCUCCGACGACGAGUCCCCAGCUCCAGUCCCUGGUCCUGGUUGGAUUACGGGCAAUGGAACCAGGCCUACCCUCUCCCUCCUCGCCAUAAGAAAUCCGCGGCGAUUUCGUCUGAUGGUAUCAAUUCCACACCUCACCUUCGGAGGCAAUGUUGCGACAAACCCUACGCUCGAGGAGUACCGCAACAGUAUCGCGGAGUUGAGGUCACACGCGUUUACACAUGUUGGCACGAGCGGAGAUGCUCGGAAUGGUCCAAUCUUCGUCCAUCGGUCGGAAUUCAUGGUGAUAAACAGUGACAUGAUCGUGAUGGCCCGUACGGCGAGUAACGAGCAGUCCAGUCCAUUGCCAUUCUUUCCAUAUCAACAUCGCGUGAGCGCACUGCACCUGCUCGUCCAUAUGAUCGGCACGGCCCUGCAAUUCUCGAGUGGAGAUGUCCUCGACAACCUCCGGAGAACGUCAUGGGACCUGGUACACAUCACUCACAGCCACGCCCGAAACGCUGCCAUCGCCGUUGCUAAUAGAACCAAGAGCGAUAGGGUCCACAUCCACGUCUCGGAAGCGCCCUACUACCAGGAUGCCGUGGAGGCACUGGACGUAAUGAAAGCACACUUGACGGCAGGUGAAAGGCUAGGCAUCGAGCUCGCCUCAUACAUCUCCAACCUGUGUGCCAUCCAACACCUUACUCAAGCACAACUGCAGGUCCUCGCGGAUUUGGCAGAGAUAAUUAGUAACAACGCGCCGGACGUAUACGACAAGGGUUACAACCAGAAUAUUAUUCGGCUACCAUUUGUGUUGCAGAAGGGCAAACAUAAUAUCAUUCUUAUGGAUGCAAUCAAGAUGGUGAUUGGGGAGCGGAAGGAGUUUGAGGAGCAGGUUAAGUGGUUACUAGAGGUGGCGAAGCAGGCGCAGAAGUCUGUUACACGCAAGAAUAACUCUCCAGAUAACCGACAUGUUAGAAAGAAAUCCAUUGUGAUUCAUCACGUUAAGGAGUUGUUGUCCAGCGGUGGCACUAUUGCCCGAGAUGAUUCGAGAACUAUUCAGGGUCACCUUGCGAAUUUGUUUAAGACCCAAACCGAAGUCCAGGACACUACGAAGCGCCAUGCUGAGGAGGCCAAGAUGAACGCACGAACGAUGUCGAUGUUUACUUUGGUUACCACGAUCUUUCUGCCUUUGACUUUCUUUACUUCGUACUUUGCACUUAACCCGGGUGACAAAACUGUCAAGUCACAUGCCGACUUUUGGAAAAUUGCUACGGUACCGACGUUUGCGUUUGCGGCGACUACGUUGUACAUAAUCCUGCGCAAGAAGUAUCACAGUGGUGAAUACGACGAUGAUACUCGUUGGUUUGUACGGCUGCUGCAAAAGCUACACAAAAGAAAUCCCUGA